GCAGGGGCUCCGAGGGGCCGGGCGGUUCUCGAGGCCCCGGUGGCCGUGAGCUUGUGUGCGAGGAGGACCCCGGACGUCCAGGCGGCUGGUCCCUGGGAAGGGGAGAUGGCGUUCUCGACCACAGUCCCCCGGAGGAAGCGGGUCAAGCGGAAGGCUCCCCGCGGCUUUCUCAAGCGGGUCUUCAAGCGACGGAAGCCUCACCUCCGUCUGGAGAAGAGUGGCGACUUGCUGGUGAGAUUCCACCCCUUCUUGGGCCGGGGCUGGGGCCCGGGGGAGUGGGGGAAGUUUAUCCAUCUGAACUGCUUACUGUUUGUUCAUCGAUUAGCAGAAGAGUCCAGGACAAAUGCUUGUGAGAAUAAGUGUGGAAUCAUUAAUAAGGAGCAUAUAUUGACUGCAGCAAAGGUAAUUCUAAAGAAGAGCAGAGGUUAGAAGUCAAAGAACACAUUCUUGAAAAUUCUAUGAUGUAUUAUUUUUGGUGGUAACAACUCAUAAAGGCAUUUUAACAUAUCAGCUAAUAUUAUGGAUUAUUAAAAUAUUGACUAGUUCA